AGUUUAGUGAAGAAGCUUUUUUUUUCUUUUAGCAAGCGUGAUCGGUUACUAUCGAACCGCGUCGCAAACGUUAGGCUCUUUCGUCUUCGGUUUAUCGUCCACAUCCAAAAACACAACAGCACAUACAUAUCCUCGUGACAUCUUUCCCUUUAAAAGCCGAAGUUGAACGGCUUAUUGGGAGGAUAUCGAAGACACUUCUUUUCUGUUGUCUGUUCAGGGGCUCAACGCUAUCGUCUACGCUCACGACUCCCUCCCUCUCUCUCUCUCGGCGACUACUAUCUUUCUGCCUUUCACCUGACGUUGACCGAAUUAGCCCAAUUAACAGCUGCGUGUGACACAAAAAAUAAAGUAGAGUUAAAAAUAGUUGAAAAGAAAGUGUCGAAGCAUGUCUCUUUCGGUUUCUCGCCGGUGGUGGGUUAGUUUGGCGCUGGCGGUGCUUCUGUGUGGCUGCUGGGUGUCGUGCACGCUCGCCCUCACCUCGACCAACCCACAUACCGACGCCAACCAUGAGGUUGAAAAGGCAGAGGAGCCGAUUCAGGUUUUCAUGUGUGCCGACAGCGGUGACUACUCCGGCGCGCACGAGCUUGGCAUCUUGCAAAACUCCAUGGAGGACGCAGAGGUGUUGAAGCUGGCGCACUGCCAAUCCGCUCAGCUCGGCUACAUUCGCCACGCAGAUGGACAUGCCAUUCGCAGCCUGAUCGUCACGACGGGCAUCGGUUACAUCAGCGCUACCCUCUGCACGAGCAGCGUGCUGCGCUUUCGCCACGCGCGCCACGUCGAGUACAAGUCGAUCGUGUUCAUCGGGACGUCGGGGUUUUCGCCGAUGGUAGGCGGCUGGGACCCGCGGAACACGACGGCGUUCGCGGCUUUUGUGGAGCGAGAGAAUGCGGCAAUGCGGCAAGGAGAGCCGGACACGGAAGUGAACGCCGACGCCGCCCCACCAGCGCUGUUUAAGACCCUGAAGGAGGUGCAGGAGGCAGAGGCGGAGGCAGCCCGUCGUCUGCAGAGUUCCGUCGAUGCCGGUGAGAAGUUUCCGCUGCCGUCGCCGUCGCAGCUCAACUUCGAGCACGCCAAGGCGGGCGUUCAGCUCGAGCAAGACGGCUGUGCGCCUCGGCUGGUCGGCGCCGCCACCCCCCUCGCCAUCGGCAGCGUCUGUGUCACCUCCGCUGCGUUCUUCAUGGAGAGUGGGAGCUGCACGGAGCGCACGCGGCACACGCAGUGCAGCCGCCCGCACUGUUCCGGCUUCGAGAUCCGAUACAUGCGAGAGCCCAAUAUGUACUUUACGAAGAACAACUUCGCGGAGGCGAUCAAGGCGGCCUCGGCGGAUCGCGCGUGGCCGGCAAUGCCGCCGUUGGUGGAGGCGGGACUGCAGCGCUUCUGGGCCGCAAACGAGGCAAUCGAAGCCGCCGGCCGCGUCUCGCCUGCCAAACCGUCCUUCGUCACCUGUGCCGAGUCAACGGUGAACGCGAUUAACGUCGGCGCAGAGCGUGACUUCCUCUGCCGCGAGUACACCGCCCACACGCUGAAUUCCAUGUACCGACAAACGGCUGAGCCGCACCGCGACGCAGAUCCGGUGCGGGCGCCGCUUACGGUGAACGAUGUCGUGUGUGUACAGGCGAUGGAGGGGGUGGGGUUUCUGCGGUCGAUGGCCGCCGAUGCCGCCGCGGUCGCUUCGAUUCCUGUGGCAGUGCUGCGCACCGCCUCGAACUACGACAUGUACCCCUUGAAGAAGCACUACGUGCAGCCGGAGGUGUGGAGGGCUGCGGUGACGUCAAGGAAGGUGGCCGUCAGUCCUGAAGUGGCGCAGGCGAUCGAGGCCGCUGCUGCCGGUGAGUCCACAACGAGCGACAUUGCGGCGUACACCUGGCAGCAGAACUUUGAGUUCAUGUCGGCGGAGGAGUAUGAGAAGUUUGUGGUCGCCUCCUUCCACUACUCUGUCAAGACGGUGACGUUCGUCGUGUCGAACUUCUUCUUUGGGGGGCGGGCCUUCGAGUAG